AUGAAGUUGGACACUCCUGUCCGACCAGAUCACGUCCGAUUUGUAUGUAUCGGUUGUACGCACGGUGUAAAAAUCGAUCCAGCCAAUCUCCCACCUGGGGAUGUACUGCUUGUCGCUGGAGACUUCACUUCAUGUGGUUUACCGAAUGAAGUACUCUCUUUCAACAAGAAACUUGGACAUUUAAGACAUCCUUACAAAGUCGUCAUCGCCGGUAAUCACGAAUGCACAUUUGACGAUACAUUCCUACGGGCAUCAAAUCGGGAGCUUCAAGCUAAGGAGAUGGCAUUGAAGCAAGCUUUACAAGCAUCCAUGGCAUCAUCGAAAGUAGUUAAUUCGAAAACCCUUCUCACAAAUUGUAUCUACCUCGAGGAUUCAGUGAUAGAAUUGUUCGGAAUAACGAUUUAUGGUCACGGUGAUAUGAUGUGUGACGGCCAACGAAUGGGUUGCGUAGAGUUGUUGAAUUCGGUUACUAAACGGAUUAAACCCAAAUAUCACGUCUUCUCACAUAUCCAUGAAGGUUACGGCUGCACAUCCGACGGUUAUACGAAAUUCAUCAACUGUUGUAUAUGUGAUGAGAACUUACAAGCUACGAACAAUCCGGUCAUCUUCGAUAUUCCCGUUCAUCCACAUACAAAACAAUUCUAUUUACAAAAUGUCAAGAAAAUCAUGAAACGAUAUCGUCGAGCAGAGAAAAAGUGA